GGUCGCGUUCCGCCACACAUUCCCAGAAAUAGAAGAAGACAUGCAACAGUUUUGCUGAUUGAUGAUCUGAGCUCUCCGACUCUACUAAUCAUCUUUACAUUCAAAUAUUUCUGACAGGGUUUUACCUCCACAGUUCCAUCUGAUCCGUUGUGGGUGUAUUUGAGGAGGUUAACUGCGUUCUGCUGUAAAGAUCAAGGCAUUACUGCUGUCCUGUUGCAGGUGUUCUCCUGCUGUCUUGCAUAUGCAGUGUAAGUUUACCUCCACAAGAAUAUCAAGAGAACCAACUGGGAUGAAAUCGGAUGAAAUUAAAUGUGAGGAUGUCGACCCCUCUGAGAGCUCCAAUCAUCACCAAAGCUCAUCUGAUAUUUCCCACAUGAACACCUCUCCCAAACCAUUUAAACCAGAAAUUCACCACUGCUCACUGUGUGGGAAGAGUUUCAAUAGAAAGGGUUCUCUCCAUGACCAUCUGCGCAUUCACACAGGAGAGAAACCGUAUCACUGCUCACAGUGUGGGAAGAGUUUUAAUCGAGAGUACUGUCUCCAACGACACCAGCACAUUCACACGGGAGAGAAACUGUAUCACUGCUCACAGUGUAGGAAGACUUUCAAUAGAAAGGGUCAUCUCCAACAACACCAGCGCAUUCACACCGGAGAGAAACCGUAUUACUGUUCACACUGUGAGAAGAGUUUUACUUACCAGAGUCAUUUCAAACGACAUCAGCGCAUUCACACUGGAGAGAAACCGUAUCACUGCUUAGAGUGUGGAAAGAGUUUCACUCGAGAUGACAAUCUCCAAUUACACCAACGCGUUCACACCAGACAGAAACCGUAUUACUGUUCACAAUGUGAGAAGAGUUUUACUUGCCAUAGUCAUCUCCAACGACACCAGCAGAUUCACAUUGGAGAGAAACCGUAUCACUGUUCACAAUGUGGGAAGAGUUUUAGUACGCACAGAAACAUUCAGCGACAUGAGCGCAUUCACACAGCUGAGAAUGAGGACGUGCAGCAGUUCUCACCAGAACCAUUUCCAUGGUACUUCAAGCGGCACCGUCGUCAGCGAUCUCCAGACUGCACUGCUUGGGGUCGUCCUCAGUGGCAAAAUGUAGCCUCUGAUGAGAGCUCCAUCCAGACGUGUAGGGCAUCAGGAUGGAUCAGUCAGGUCCGGACAGCAGAAAGGAUGAGUGGCGUCCUGUCUUCUCCUGCUGUCCGCUUUCCUAUCAGUUAUAAAUUUACCUCCACAAGACUGUCGAAACAUCCGACUAAGAUGAAGGCGGACGAUAUUAAACGUGAGGAUCUAGAACCUACAGAGAGCUCCAGUAGUCAGCAAUGGUCGUUUGGUUCGUUCCUGGCGAACACCUCUCUCAGAUUUAUGCAGAAAGAGAUUCACCAGUGCUCGCAGUGUGGGAAAAGUUUCAGCCAGAAGAGCAAUCUGAAUCAGCACCAGCGUAUCCACUCAGGAGAGAAGCCGUACCAGUGCUCGCAGUGCGGGAAGAGCUUCAAUCAGAAGAGCAAUCUCAAACAGCACGAGCGUAUCCACUCGGGUGAGAAGCCGUACCACUGCUCGGACUGUGGGAUGAGCUUCACACAGAGAAGUCAUCUCCAACAGCACCAGCGCAUUCACACUGGAGAGAAGCCGUAUCACUGCUUGGAAUGUGGGAAGAGCUUUAGUGACCAGAGUAAUCUCCAGCAGCACCAGCGCAUCCACACGGGAGAGAAGCCGUACCAGUGCUCAGCCUGCGGGAUGAGUUUUACACAAAAGGGUAAUCUCCAGAAACACCAGCUGUUUCACACCGGAGAGAAACCCUUCCACUGCCUGGAGUGUGGGAGGAGUUUUACACAAGCAGCUGAUCUCCAAGAGCACCAACACGUCCACACCGGGGAGAAGCCGUAUUACUGCUCGGCGUGCGGGAAGAGCUUUACUAGACAUAGCAGCUUCCAACGACACCAACACAUCCACACUGGUGAGAAGCCGCAUCACUGCGCAGUAUGUGGGAAGGGUUUCACCCGGUACACUAACCUGCAGCGACACAAACUCGUCCACACAGCUGAGAUCGAGGACAUGCUGCGGUUCUCAUCGGAAGGUGUUGACAUUAACAUUUCUGAUGAGUGGUGUCCUGUUGCUCGUCUUCCCAUGCUGUCUUCUUUCCCAUCCAUCGUAAAAUUUACUGCUGCAAGAACAUCAAGAGGUCCAACUAGGAUAAAGUCAGGCAAGGAUAUCUAUGACGAUCUGGUAUCCACUAGUAGGUCCAGUUUUCACCAAAUGUCAUCUGGUUCUUUGCACUCGUCAGUUAGUGGUGUUGGUGUGGAGAGAAAAAUUCACCACUGCUCACCAUGUGGCAAAAGUUUCAAUCUAAAGAGCAAGUUAAUAAAACACCAGCUUAUUCACACUGGAGAGAAGCUGUAUCACUGCUCACAGUGUGGGAGGACUUUUACUAAACAGAAUAAUCUCCAGCGACACCAGCACAUUCACUCAGGAGAGAAGCCGUAUCCGUGUUCAGACUGUGGGAAGAGUUUUACACAAAGGGGUAAUCUUCAGAAACACCAGCGCGUUCACACUGGAGAGAAACCGUACCACUGCUCAGAGUGCGGGAAGAGUUUUAGUCAACGGACAGGUCUCCAAGUCCACCAGCGCAUUCACACCGGAGAGAAGCCAUAUCAGUGCUUGGAGUGUGGGAGGAGUUUUAGUAACCAGAGUAAUCUACAACACCACCAGCGGAUUCACACUGGAGAGAAGCCGUAUCAGUGCUCACAGUGCGGGAAGAGCUUCACACAAAGGGGUAAUCUCCAGGUUCAUCUGCACAUCCACACCGGAGAGAAGCCGUAUCACUGUCUGGAGUGUGGGAAGAGGUUUAGACAUCGCAGUAAUCUUCAACAGCACCGACGCAUUCACAGAGGAGAGAAGCCAUAUCAGUGCUCAGACUGUGGAAAGGGUUUUGUGCUGAAGUUUAAUCUCCAAGAACACCGACGCGUUCACACCGGAGAGAAACCGUAUUUCUGCUCUGAGUGUGGGAAGAGUUUUAACACGCACAGAAAUUUUCAGCGGCACAAGCACAUUUACACAGCGGAGAAUGAAGACAUGAAGCAGUUUUCACCAGAAAAUAUGGAAAUGAACUACAAAGACACCACCGGUUUUACCUCCACAGUUCCAUCUGAUCCGUUGUGGGUGUAUUUGAGGAGGUUAACUGCGUUCUGCUGUAAAGAUCAAGAUUUGAGUGGUUUCCUGUCUCCACCUGCCGUCGUCUUCUUUCCGACACACCUUACAACUAGGAUGAAGGCGAAUGAGAUUAAGUGUGAGAAUCUAGAACCCACAGAGAGCUCCAGUACUCACCGAAGUUCAUCUGGUACCGUACACGCCUCUGCUCAGCAAGCACAAACAGAAUUGUACCACUGCUCACAGUGUGGGAAGUGCUUCAGUAAAAAGACUAAUCUCAGACAACACCAGCGGAUUCAUACGGGAGAGAAGCCGUAUCAGUGCUCAUACUGCGGGAUGAGGUUUACACAAAGGGGUAAUCUCCAACAACACCAGCGCAUUCACAAAGGAGAAAAACUGUACCACUGCUCACAGUGUGGGAAGAAUUUCACUCAGAAGGGUCACCUCCAGCGACACCUGCGUAUCCACACAGGAGAGAAGCCGUAUCGCUGUUCGCAGUGUGGGAAGAGUUUUACUGAGAACAAUAAGCUCAUAAAACACCAGAGAAUUCAUUCAGGAGAGAAGCCGUAUCAGUGCUCGGACUGUGGGAUGAGUUUUACCGAAAGGAGCAAUCUGCAGUUACACCUGCUCAUUCACACAGGAGAUAAACCUUAUUACUGCUUAGAGUGUGGGAAGAGUUAUACGCAAAAGACUGCUCUCCGAGUACACCAGCGCAUCCACACAGGGCAGAAGCCCUAUUACUGUCCUCAGUGUGGGAAGAGUUUUACUACCCAUAGCAGUUUCCAGCAACAUCAGCGUGUUCACACCGGAGAGAAGCCGUAUCACUGCUCACAGUGCGGGAAGAGAUUUAGUAAUCAGAGUAAUCUCCGAAGACACCAGCGCAUUCACACCGGAGAGAAGACCUACCGCUGCUCAGACUGUGAGAAGAGUUUUAGUAACCAGAGUAAUCUGCAGCGACACAAACACCUUCACAAAGCUGAGGACACGUUGCGAUUCUCAUGAAGAAGUGUAGACGUUAAGUACUUCUUUUCUCAGUGCUUAUUUGGGGGGUGGGGUUUCUGGUAGAGAGUAAAUUUUUGCUCCUCACUACAGGAAACAGUUGGGGUUUCAUCAUUAUGAAAGUAUGAAUUUUUAUACAGUUUGAGAAGUAAAAACUCAUUAUUGCAAAGCAUUUCACGUUCACUCAUUGGAAGAGCAGAUGGUUUUUGUAUUUUACUGUUAUACCCAUGUUUGAUAUAUUAAGUAUGUAAGAUAUCAUCAAAAUCAUAUCUAUUCUUAACAUUUUGCAAGGACAGAAUGCUCAGGUGGUUGGUGAAUAAUAGCUAUACUUUUGAAUGGCGGUGGUCGCGUGGUAGUUAACGCUCAGGGUUACUGAUCAGAAGGUUGCCCCAGAACUGCCAAGCUGCCACUGUUGGGCCCUUGAGCAAGGCCCUUAAGCCUCUCUGCUCCAGGGGGCACUUUAUCAUGUCUGACCCUGCACUCUGACCCCAACUUCCUGACAUGCUGGGGUAUGUGAAGAAAAGAAUUUCACUGUGCUGUAAUGUAUACGUGAUUAAUAAAGACUCAUUAUCAUUAUUAUCAUAGCUAUGAACUAAAAGAGGUAAUAGAUUAUGUUAAUUAAAAUUCCAGUAUUUGACCAGGCUUGCCCAAGAGUGUGAAUUCCUGAAAGAUGCCAAUAAGAUCAAUGAAACUAAACAAUUGUAACACUUUAAUAGUUUUUAUUAGUGGAAAAAUAAUAAGUUUGAGAUUUUGUCCAAAUAUUUGAUACACCUAAAUAAAUGUUUUGUGAGUCAGGAAAGGAUAAGACCUUGUAGGAUAAGCGGUAUAGAAGAUGGAUGGAUGCAUGGUGUAUAGUGGUGGGUGACAUGAUUAUCAAGAUGCUCAAAAAAGUUCUAUGCCACAUGGUAUGUAUCAUGAUAUAUAGACUGUACAAAUGCUGAACAUUUUAAAGCUUAAGUGCAAAAUUUUUAUAAUAAAAGUCAAACAGGCUAAUAACUGUAAUAACUCUAUAAUAAAACACCACUUUUUUUUUGCAGAUCAGUGCAAGAUUUUAAAUCACUCCGAUUAGCCAGUGAAUGCUAAUGUAAAUUACCUCAGAUUCCAUGCCGAAUGCUAGUCUGAAAUGCUUUUUAAUUUUAAGCAUCAUGAAUGGAAAUGUAUAUUCUGGUAGAUGUCAUAAAAUUUCAGUUCUUUGACAUUGCUUCAUUGUCUAUUGUUCUCUUGGUGUAUUUAUGUUUUUGGUACUGGUAUAUGCUG